UUUACGUCCAGUUUUAUUGCAAGUAAGAAAAUAAUAUUUUACAUUACAAUAAGCAAUUAUUUAAAUAUAUAAGCGAAAGGAUAAAUAAACCUUUAAAUAAAAGAAAUGGCAGGAGAUUACGAAAAAACUCGACGUCGUAGUACUGAGAGACAUCGAAGUCGCAGUCGAGAUAGAUACAGAAGCCGAGAUCGUGACAAACGAGAACGGAAGAGAGAUCACAGCAAUGAUCGGUAUAGGAACAGCAGCAGAGAACGCAAACACAGUAUUGAACGGCAAACUAAAGAUAAACGCAGGAGUAGCAGCAGUGAUAAUAACAGAGAUGUCGGCAGUGAAAGAGAGAAAAAAUAUCGUCAUAGGGAUGAUGACACGGAUUACUCAAGGAAUCGUGAGAGAGCGCAAAAUCGAGAUCGCGGUCGGAGCUCCUACAAAGAAUUUACAGGCGGUGGACUAGGAGGAGGGUUAGGUAGCGGUGAACAGGCUCCCCGCGGUCGAUACAAACCCCAGGAGGAAGAAUUCCUCGAUGCGAGGAGAGAAGAAAGAGAGAGAAUAGGUGAAGUUGGGGUGUCUUCAGUUUGGGGAAAAUCUCCAACUAGGCCUGACUCUGAGGAAGAACUACAAGAAAAUAAUUCAGAAAAAGGCAAAGAAAAGAAAAAAAGUAAAAAAUCCAAAGACAAAGAUGGUACAAAAAAAAAGCUCAAGAAAUUAAAGAAGAAACUAAAGAAAGUAAAGAAAGCAAGAAAAAAAGCUAAGAAAAAAUCUAAAAGUUCAAGCAGUGACAGCAGCUCUAGCAGUGAGGAGGAGUUGUGGGUGGAAAAAGGAAAAGAGCAUGAAGUUGAAGCUACAACCACAAAAUCAUCAAAAUCAAAGAAACAUGAUGAAGAGCUAGCAUCGGAAGCAUAUGGACCAGUGCCUCGAGUUGGGCCAGCUUUAGGACACAAAGACUUUGGGCGAGCUUUGCUGCCUGGAGAGGGAGCUGCAAUGGCAGCCUAUGUCGCUGAAGGUAAACGUAUUCCAAGAAGAGGUGAAAUCGGACUGACUUCAGAUGAAAUAGCAGCAUAUGAAUCCGUGGGAUAUGUUAUGAGUGGAAGCAGGCAUCGACGUAUGGAAGCAGUACGUAUACGCAAAGAGAACCAGAUCUACUCAGCCGACGAGAAGCGAGCGCUUGCCGCCUUCAGCAAGGAGGAACGUGCCAAGCGGGAGAACGCGAUACUCGCGCAGUUUCGCGACGUGCUGCAGGCGCGCUCGCAGCGUCGGGACGCCACGUAGCCCUCCGGCUGCUACACUAUUAGAUUAAACAAUACAUUGCACUGACAACCAUAAAUAUGUAGAUCUACUAGAAACAUCCAUUGAAAACAUCGUAAAGAUUAUAUCUCUUA